AUGAAUUGGAUAGUGAUUUUGAUGUUGGCCGGUUGUUUUAUCGAAUUGAGUAUCGCAAAGGACGUGCGGCGUUCUGCCAGUUCCAAAAUUUUGUCAAGAAAGAAGCGAUAUAUUACUUUUCCAGAAGGGUCCAGUUUUUCUUGUGCCGGCUGUAUGACAGUAGGUUUAAUCGGGCAGCCAGCGCCUCAAACUGUUGCAGGCACCUUCACCUUCGGCCUUAAUUGGGGUAUAGCGUAUGAACUUCCAAAUGCCACAGAGACACUUAGCUAUUACCACAGCAAGCACAGGCUGAAAAAACCGACGGCAAUGAGAAGAAACCGACGAGAGCUGUACGAAAAGAUAGAAACUAUUUUGGAUAACAUGGGUUACAAUGGCAGGCAGUGCAUUUUGCGGACGCUAUGCGAAACUACACAGCGGGUAGUCCCUCACGGCGAUAACAUAAUCGAAGAAAUGUUUAGGACUUUGUUUACGUUUCCAGUGUCCAAAGUUAUUCCCUCCGAGCCCGUCGAGCAUCAAAUAUACGACUCAGCCCAACGCCUUGGCAAACUCCUGGACAGCUGCGACCAGUAUAUGUGUCCUCUAUCACUUGUGGACUUGGUUCAAGGAUAUUAUAAUGCUCCUGCAUCAAAUGUUGAUACCGUUUUCAACUCUUGGGCGCUUUUUAAUAACAAUUUUGGAUAG